AGCAUUGGUUUUUCUGCAUUUAGUAUCAUAUCAUUUAUUCAUAACCACGUUUUGCAAUGACGUUUUGGACUUGUUUAUCUGCUACUGUUUUUGGUUUCUGUUAAUUAAUAAUGGAGAGAAGGAUUAAAUUAGUGACACCCAAAUCCAUAAUAUUUUGUUAUUUAUGAAAUUGGAAGUAUAAGUGGAUGCUUUAGAUUUAUUUGCUAUAAUGGCCCUAAGAAGCUUUGUUGAUAUCUUUACAAAUUAGAAUCAUGUGGUUGAAGAUGCCAAUGAAUUGUUUGAUAAAAUGCCUGAAAGAUUAACAAAUGUGUUACAGAAUUUAUUUAUGAUUGUUAUGAUUCUGAGAGUUUUGUUUUCUGUGUAAAAUUGUUUAUAAGAUAGAAUUCAACUGAAAGGAAGUUUCUGUGAGAAGCAAAAGCAUUUGAAUGCUUUAGUAUAUCAUAACUAUGUUCCUGAAUUAAUUAUUUUUUUGAGUGCUUCAUUUCGUUCCAGUUCACUAACUGCAGAAAAUUAUAUUAUUACUGGUUAGAAUUUUUUAGUUUAGAAACAUAUUUGAAAAUUAGCGAAUAGUUUAGUUGACAAAGGCUAUACUGUACCCACCUUCGAAAGUGGAAUACAAUCUGAAACUCUAAUAUUGACGUCAGUCUUCGGAAUGGUCCUCUUAGCCUUUACCGUUGAACUUAUAAUUCCGAGAAGUAUCGUCGAUCGUCGUUAGAAUUUCAAGUUAUUUUUAAAGACAUUUCAUUAUUUGACUAUAAUAAUAAAUAAAUAAAUAAAUAAAAAAGACUGUUAAACCCAGUCCGUUGUGGGGAAAAAUGCAUGUAGUUCGAGUACCCACUACACGGUUUUGGACUUUGGUUACCCACUUUCACAAUCCAACUAUUGAAGAACCCUAAACCUAAUCCCCUAAUGCGGUUCGUAUCUCUUUGGUUUGUCGCUGCAUUUGCAUCAGAAAAUCCGAUUCGUUGCUCGUGAUUUCAUUUGCACACUCUCAGAUUCCUAAUUCCCUCACUGUUUUGUUUGUGUACUUUCAAAAGUCUUAGGUUUCCCGUGAUUUCAUCUUUGCACUGAAUUAAGGUAUUUCAUUCUGUUUGAUUCUCUCUUUACAUUUCGUUUGUUCAUGUGAUUUUGUGGUUGGUUUGAAUCUAUUAAUUCUCAGGUGUUUUACCUAGUAUUUCACUUAACUAUGUUCCUGUUUUAAAAUUUUAUACUUUAAUGAUGUUUGCUUCAGUUAAUGCUAAUGUGCUUCUAUAUAUUCCGUCAAAAAAACAAUGUGCUUGUAUAUAUUUACAUCUCAAAUACUGUGAAUUUCGUUUGAUAAUGAAAAAUAAGAAGUGUAAUUACCUCUUAGUCUGACAGGUGCCUCCUGCACUUUCAAGGACACACAUGAGGUGAUGAUAUUGGAUGCAUUUUCCUUCUGAAGUCAUUCAUCAAUGAGUUUUUCCUGUUUCAAAUUUACUUCGUACAAGUCACUAGUUUAGAGGUUGAGGAUCUUUUUUACUUUACUAAGUCUUGACAGAAGAAAUACAAAUGGCACAUUCAAUGAGCUUGAUCUCUAUCGGCCUCGGAUUUGGUCAAAUUCCUAAAACUAAAGUCAGUGUAUGUGGAAGGUUUAGUCCAAGAUCUUCAGUGAGGCUUCGAAUUCAGGCUGUGCAAGAAAACGGCGGACCACGGAGACUAGUCGACAUUAUCAGACUCGUGCCUGACCUCUCGAGGAAUUACUUUAGAACUCCUUCACGCAGGACUUUGUUUGGUGGAAUCUCCUUGUUGGGUGGAUUCUAUGUUGCGCAAACAAUUUCACUGUCUUUUGGAGCUCUAGGAGUCAAUGAUGUUAUUGCUGCAGUGGUAUGUGUUCUUCUUACUGAGUAUGUAACUAAGUUCUAUUACAGCCGACCGAAAAUUACUUUCCCUGUUGCUCUUCUCAACAACUUCAAGAUGGGCUUCACAUAUGGACUUUUCAUUGAUGCCUUUAAGCUUGCUAGUUGAUCCUCAACAUCUAAAUGCAACUUCUCAAGAUUAUUUGCCCUCCAAAAUUGGUUUGGCUGUGUUUGUCCACCAAGCUUGUACAUGCUAGAACUGUUUAAUAUAUAAAUGCAACUUCUCAAGAUACAUAGUUACAUGGUAGCUAUCCAUAUUUGGUUUGAUUGUGUUUCACCACCAAUCUUGUACAUGUAAGAAAUUGCUUUAGAACUAUCAUCUGAUGUAUUGUACAUCAGCUCGAAUGCAUGUAAUCUAUAAAUCGUAUCAAUUAUUUUUUACAAUGUAAUGGCGUUAUUUGAUUCAUA